GAAGAGGUGUUCUUGUGGCCCCUAUUUGUCCUCUCUGUGGUGAGUGCUUAGAGGAGACUCCUUCUCACAUUUUUCUGCAAUGUAAUUGGGUUAGGCAAGUUUGGUUCGCCUCUCCUAUGUCCAUUCGUUCUGGGGAUAUUCAGGUUGACAUAGAUAAGUGGCUAUAUUUGUUGUCCUCCGCAGGAGAAAGAGAGGUUAUUGACCAAGUUGCUAUGCUACUUUGGAGCAUAUGGAAGGCACGUAAUGAUAGCACCUUUAAGAGAAUCAAGCCUGAUGUGCGCAAGACUUUAGAUAUGGCAGUUAAUAUGAGAGUAGAAUGGCUAAGUCACCAACCAAUUUCUGCUAAAACGGUUAUGCCUAGCGCUGUGUGGAUACCACCCCCUUCGGGCUACAUGAAACUGAAUUUCGAUGCAGGCUGGUCGGGUAAUCGCGGCUCGGGUUUUGGUUUGGUCAUUAGGGAUGAUAAAGGUCUGUUUCAAGCUGCAGCAUCUCACUAUGAAGACCAUAGGAUGGACCCUCUUGUUGCAGAAGCUUUGUGUUUCAGAUGGGCCUUGCGGUUAGCAGUAGAAUGGAAUCUGGAGAAUUUAGUUAUUGUGUCUGAUUGCCAGCAACUGGUGAAAGCCUUCCAUCAAUGUCUUGAUUUCCCUUCCUUGCAUCAAAUCCUGCUAGACUGCCAGCAUCUUAGUUCUGUUAUUAGUAAAUGCACUUUUCAAUUUGAAAGUAGGAAUACCAAUUUAGUUGCUCAUGCUUUAGCAGCUGAGAGUUAUGUACUAUGAUUGUACUAUGAUUGUACUUGGUGGGGUGAUCCCCCUGUGGGUAUCCUUUUACACCUUGCUGCAGAUUUUCCUGAUUAUUGA